GCGCAUGCGCCCUGAGGCGGCGCCCCCUCCGCCCGUUCCCUAAGGUAACUGCCGCUCCUCGGUCCCUUGCUCCUGCUCGGGUGCCGCCGUCCCGGCAGCGAGGCCGUGGUGGCCCGUGUCGUUCCUCCCCGCGGAGGUAACAGCUUCCCCCCGGCGGUCUCUCUCUCCGAGCGGGGCGGCUGCGGGCAGAGCGGUGCGGACCGGUUGGGGCCGGUUCCCCGCGCAGGCGCAGGGCCCCGUAAACAGGAAGAAGCAGCGGCGGCAGCCCGGAGCGGCGGAGACAAAGGGGUGGUGGAGAGGGUGAAGGAGGUACCGGGGUUGGCUCGGCUCGGUUCGGCCCGGCCCAGCGAGCGGGGGUCCUGGCGGCGGGCGGCAGGAUGGUGCAGAAGGAGGGGCAGGCGGUGCUGGAGGAGCCCCAGGGCAGCCCCAACCCGGCCGGAGUGUCCGGCCCUCCCUUAGAGCCGCCAGGCGCCACCGCGGGGCCAGUCCCGGGCGGGGAGGAAACCGACACCGAGACGGAGACAGCGCUGGGCUCCCGACGCUUCCUCUGCGGCGUCGUCGAAGGAUUUUAUGGAAGACCUUGGGUUAUGGAGCAGAGGAAGGAACUUUUUAGAAGACUUCAGAAGUGGGGACUAAAUACAUACCUUUACGCUCCGAAGGAUGACUACAAGCACAGGAUGUUCUGGCGAGAAAUGUACUCUGUGGAGGAAGCGGAGCAGCUAAUGACUCUAAUAUCAGCUGCACGAGAACAUGAAAUAGAGUUCAUCUAUGCAAUCUCACCUGGACUUGACAUCACUUUCUCCAAUCCAAAAGAGGUAUCCACAUUGAAACGCAAGCUGGACCAGGUUUCCCAGUUUGGCUGCAGAUCUUUUGCACUUCUGUUUGAUGAUAUUGAUCACAACAUGUGUGCAGCAGACAAAGAAGUUUUCAGUUCCUUUGCUCACGCUCAGGUCUCGAUCACAAAUGAAAUUUAUCAAUAUCUAGGAGAACCAGACACAUUCCUUUUCUGUCCUACAGAGUACUGUGGAACUUUUUGCUAUCCAAAUGUUGCCCAGUCACCGUAUUUACGGACGGUAGGAGAAAAACUGCUCCCUGGCAUUGAAGUGUUAUGGACAGGUCCGAAAGUUGUAUCUAAAGACAUUCCAGUAGAGUCCAUUGAAGAAGUUUCUAAGAUCAUCAGGAGAGCACCAGUUAUCUGGGAUAACAUUCAUGCUAAUGAUUAUGAUCAAAAGAGGCUUUUUCUUGGGCCUUAUAAAGGUCGGUCAACUGAGCUCAUCCCUCGACUAAAGGGAGUUCUGACCAAUCCAAACUGUGAAUUUGAAGCCAAUUAUGUUGCUAUUCACACACUUGCAACCUGGUACAAGUCUAACAUGAACGGCGUCAGAAAAGAUGUGGUGAUGACUGAUACUGAAGACAGUACAGUUUCUAUCCAGAUUAAAUUGGAAAAUGAAGGGAGCGAUGAAGAUAUUGAAACAGAUGUUCUCUACAGCCCACAAAUGGCCCUGAAGCUGGCCUUAACAGAAUGGUUGCAGGAAUUUGGGGUACCUCAGCAAUACAGCAGUAGGCAAGUGGCCCACAGUGGUGCUAAAACCACUGUAGGGGAUGUGGGGCCUCUGGUGGCACCGUCCUCUUUAAAUGCAGCAACUGUGGUUACCACCGUUUACCAAGAGCCCAUCAUGAGUCAGGGGGCGGCGUUGAGCAGCGAGUCACCGGCCUUGAUAAAGGAGGAAGAGAAGAAGCAAUCUGAUGAGGAACCGAUGGACAUGGUGGUGGAAAAACAAGAUGACGCAGACAAGAAUGCUAAUCAGAUACUGACAGAUAUUGCCGAAGCCAAGAUGGCGGAGGAGUUGAAGCCAAUGGAUACGGAUAAGGAGAGCAUAGCUGAAUCAAAGUCCCCAGAGAUGUCUAUGCAGGAAGACUCUGGCAGUGACAUUGCCCCUAUGCAGACUGAUGAGCAAAUUAACAAAGACCAGUUUGUGCCUGGGCCGAAUGAAAAGCCUCUCUACACAGUAGAACCAGUGACUUUAGAGGACUUACAGCUUCUUGCUGACUUAUUUUACCUUCCUUAUGAACAUGGGCCCAAAGGUGCACAGAUGCUGAGAGAAUUCCAGUGGCUCAGAGCGAAUAGCAGUGUUGUCAGUGUUAACUGCAAAGGAAAGGAUGCUGAAAAAAUAGAAGAAUGGCGUAACCGAGCAGCCAAGUUUGAAGAGAUGUGCAGCUUGGUGAUGGGGAUGUUCACUCGCCUCUCCAAUUGUGCCAACAGGACAAUCCUUUAUGACAUGUACUCCUACGUCUGGGAUAUCAAGAGUAUUAUGUCAAUGGUGAAAUCUUUUGUGCAGUGGUUAGGGUGUCGUAGUCAAUCUUCAGCACAGUUCUUAAGUGGAGACCAAGAACCCUGGGCCUUUAGAGGUGGUCUAGCAGGAGAGUUCCAGCGUUUGCUGCCUAUCGAUGGGGCAAAUGACCUCUUUUUUCAACCACCUCCAUUAACACCCACUUCGAAAGUGUACACCAUACGACCCUACUUCCCUAAAGAUGAGGCAUCUGUAUAUAAGAUCUGUAGAGAAAUGUAUGCUGAUGGAGCUGAUCAACCCUUCCAUAGUUUACCGGAUUUAAUUGGAGACAAGUUAGUAGGUGGUCUGCUCACCCUCAGCCUGGAUUACUGCUUUGUCUUAGAAGAUGAGGAUGGCAUAUGUGGCUAUGCUUUGGGAACGGUUGAUGUGACUCCUUUCAUUAAAAAAUGCAAAAUGUCUUGGAUCCCUUUCAUGCAAGAAAAAUAUACUAAACCAAAUAGUGACAAGGAGCUGUCUGAGGCAGAGAAAAUAAUGCUAAGCUUCCAUGAAGAGCAAGAAGUAUUGCCAGAAUCGUUCCUUGCCAACUUCCCAUCAUUGAUAAAGAUUGAUAUCCACAAAAAAGUGACAGAUCCAAGUGUGGCCAAAAGUAUGAUGGCCUGCCUGCUUUCUUCUCUAAAGGCUAAUGGCUCCCGUGGGGCUUUUUGUGAAGUGAGACCAGAUGAUAAAAGAAUCCUGGAAUUCUACAGCAAGCUGGGUUGUUUUGAAAUCGCUAAAAUGGAAGGAUUUCCAAAGGAUGUUGUUAUCCUUGGAAGAAGUCUGUGAAGCGCUUGACAGCGAACUGUUCCAGUACUGUAGUCCCUUAACAGCUGGGCAGGUAGUGGUGGGGAUCUUCCUAUGGUCUAGCUGCACAAAGCCAGCGAUAAGCCAGCUUGGUAGAAGGGGCUAUGCGAAAAUCACCCAUCACACAUUCAGACUGUAACUUGUUGGAAGAGGAUAAUGCUGCUGAAAACACUGUUUUAACAAAGAGAAACCUUGUCCUCUCCUGGUCCUGUGUGAAGUGCCAAGGAAUCUUGCAUGGGCUAUAGCUUCUCAGAGGAAUCCCUCUCAAUCGGUGCUGUGGUUGAUGACAGUUCUCUGCAUUCAUGUGUCAACAGAAAAGCAGUCUCUGGCAGAAGUGUCUGUAAAGAUGCAGGUUUUUUCUCUGUCAUAGAGCAGGAUGCACAACUGGAAGUUGCAGAAAUGGGAGGGAUUGCUUGUGUCAAUCAGCAAAUUUAAAGAUAAGCAGCUACAGUUCUAUUUUUGACUAUCUUUAUGCUUGUUGAUAAAGCAAUGACCCGUUGUCACUUCUAAUGACCAUUGGUUCAAGCUUUGUGCUUUGUUAGGGACAAAUGUGCAGUGGUCUGUGGCAGAAGUCACUUAAUGACAAACUUGUAAAUUUGAGUGUAUAUAAACUUAGCCGUAUGCUGACUAA